UAAAUGCAGUUUCUAUGGAUAGGCAGAUCCAUCGAUAGACAUGUCUUUUAUUUUGAAAUACGCAGCACCCAGUCUUGCCAACAGGAAGUAGAAUUAUCCUGUUUGUGGCUCUCCUUACACAGCUGUUCGCAGUACAACAGAGCGGCAACUAGUUGUUUGGUUAGGGCGAGGCGGUCUCGGGGUUCCAUUAUGAAAGCCAGCACAUUGUUUAAGUGUUUUUAGGUAGGUUAAACCAAGCCAAGGUUUAAAGGGUGGAAGGGGGCAGAGAAGUCACGAACCCCCGCACUUCCUCUGUCCCGUGAGGCGAGCAAAUGGAUCCAUCGCCAGAGCCGCACGCAACCGAUACCCCCACGAUUAGCUCGGAUCGCCAAAGCGACGGCGAAGAAGCCGACAAUGACUCUCCUUCGGACAGGCCCAGCAGCAGAACUUCGGAAGAGGAAGAUCCGGACGAUGGAGGAGGUGAUGAAGAAGAGGAGAUAGGUCGGGAGCGGUCGCCACCGCUGCAGCACAGUCGCGGAUCUGCCGGGAGUUGGGGUAGUGCGAAGCCGGGCACAGCGGAGGGUGGCUUUCAGUCUCAGUGCAUGAGCGCGGCGGGGCACAGUACAGGAGGUUUGGUGAAAGGGUUGUUUUGGUGGCUGCGACAAAGGACGCUGGGGAGGGGUAGUUUUGUUGAUCCCGCCCGUGAUAACUUCAGGACAAUGACGAGCAUGUACCGCUCAAUGAACCCCGCGGACUCUGUGAAUUUGAGCACCAAAACGCACGGUGCGGUGUUCAAUUUGGAGUACUCACCUGAUGGGUCUGUGCUGACGGUAGCGUGCGAACAGACGGAGGUGCUCCUCUUCGACCCCAUCUCGUCCCGGCACAUCCGAACACUGGUGGAGGCCCAUGAAGACUGCGUCAACAACAUCAGGUUUCUGGACAACCGCCUGUUCGCCACCUGCUCGGAUGACACCACCAUUGCAUUGUGGGACCUGCGGAACCUGAGCUCCAAGGUGUGCUCCCUGCAUGGGCACGCCAGCUGGGUGAAGAACAUCGAGUACGACACCAACACCCGCCUCCUCGUCACCUCCGGCUUCGACGGCAACGUCAUCACCUGGGAUACCAACAGGUUCACAGAGGAGGGCUGCCCACAUAAGAAGUUCUUCCACACGCGCUACCUGAUGAGGAUGCGCCUGACGCCCGACUGCUCCAAGAUGCUCAUCUCCACCUCAUCGGGCUACCUACUCAUCCUGCACGACCUGGACCUCACCCAGUCGCUGGAGGUCGGCAGCUACCGCACCCUGCGGGCCCGCCGGACCACCCUCGCCGCCGACGGCUCCAGGACGGUGGGCGCCCCCCGCCAUGGCGGCGACCCCGGCAAGAGCCGGCCCCAGUCCUCGCUCAGAGAAGGCGCCCCUCCAAGGAACAGCCUGGAGGUGCUGACCCCAGAGAUCCCCGGGGAGCGAGACCGGGGGAACUGCAUCACCUCCCUGCAGCUUCACCCCAAAGGCUGGGCCACCCUGCUCCGCUGCUCCAGCAAUGCUGACGACCAGGAGUGGACUUGCGUGUACGAGUUCCAGGAGGGUGCCCCGCCGCCGCGGGCGGCCACCGCCUCCCCGCGCCGCUCCCUCCGGCUCACGCACUACAUAGAGGAGGCAAACGUCGGGCGGGGCUACAUCAAGGAGCUGUGCUUCAGCCCCGACGGGCGCCUCAUCUGCUCGCCCUACGGCUACGGCGUGCGGCUGCUGGCCUUCGACGGGCGCUGCGGCGAGCUGACCGACUGGCCUCCAGCCGACGGGCCGCCCGCUGCACUGCGCGAGGUGCGCUCCAUCUACUCCCACAGCGACGUGGUGCUCACCACCAAGUUCUCCCCCACGCACUGCCAGCUGGCCUCUGGCUGCCUCAGCGGACGCGUCUCCCUCUACCAGCCCAAGUUCUAGAGCCCCGUCUCCCUCCCCCACCUCCCGUGCGUGGCGACCAACGGGCAGGGCAGUGACGUACCGCGGUAGGAAGGGGCGGAGCUUGUGGCCCAGGCGUCAGCAGUUCCAGGAUUCCCAGGUGGUGACACUGCCGUUGUACCCUUGGGCGAGGCACUUAACCUGAACUGCUGCAGUAAUGAUCCAGCUGGAUGUAAGCUACACUAGUCGCUCUAGGCAAGGGUGCCUGCUUAGCAAAUUAAUGUAUCGUAAUGAAACCCCCAACCAGGUGGACCAAGCUAAGAGUGGGGGGCUGCUCCAGCCAGUGACUCCUUAUUGCGCAAUCUCUCCCUCCCUCCCUCCCCAGUCCUGAAGGAGUCGGUGGUACGUUGAGAGUCGGAAAACUGUGGUUUUUUCCCUCUGUUUUGGAUGCUGUAGUGUCUGCAGUGAUGCAAGCCAGGUGGACACCUUCAGAGGCCUCGUCCCAGCGUCUCCCGGAAGCUGAGAUGUAGGGGCAGGGGGUAGAAGUCGUCCAGCCUAAUUGUGUUGGGGUGCAGUCUUGCUUUCUUUCGGCAGCUAUACAUGGAGAGGACUUAUGCUUGUGGAAAUCAUUGGAAGAUGUCAUUCAGCUAAUGUGCCAGCAGGAGCUAUUGCCAUAUCAACCCAGCACACCUUUUUAACUCAGUUUGCAAGUCAGAAUGAAAAAUGCUCAAAUGUAGAUAAAACCUCAUCCUGUCCUAAGGACUUCAGAUUGGCUUAGGGAUGCCGUUGGGAGAAAGAGUGGUUCAGGUGCCUAUACUUUAUUCAAUCUUGGGCAUUGUUAACAGCCCAUGUUUAUUAUCUGUUGUUGCUGUUGUAUGUAGUGCAGAUUCUUCUGUUUUAAACAUUUUGCCAUUAUCUUUGUUUUGAAUAUUUUUGGUACUUUGGGAAACAGAACUGUCACACAGGAAAGUGUACUGAAGACAGAGGCAGACUGGCUGGAAGAAGAACGUCAACAAGAAUAAGAGGUUUGCUCUGUAAACCUGGCACUGGCCACAACACCCCACAGAAGAGGAGUGGGCAGAACUUUACGGCCCUGCCUGGGUUCUGCCUGAACGCCACUGAUCUCCACACAUAUGCAGGGAUUGGUGUCUUUUUCCACAACUACAGGAAGCAGGAAACAGGAAGUGGACUCUAGGGACUGUCAUCCUUGCAGGUCCUUCUCCUUCCUCAGCCCAGGGGGAGGCUGUGCGCCCCCUCUUGUCCGGCAUGGGCCCGGUCAGGAUCCCGGAUCAGAACUCCAAUGGUGUUUACUAACAUCUCUCAAAGGCACUGGCUACCCUACACCUUGCUGCCUCUUACAGAUUCCCAUUGGUGCUUCUUCAUCGCCGUUAAUUGGUGGAGAAUUCUUUCCACUUGACCUGCUGCCAGUUAAAUAGGUUGUCGUCUCUUUCCACUGUUUUAUAUUCUUUUGCUUUUUAUUCACGUAUACCUGUCACAUGUUUUAAAAAGUUAAUAAUCCAAACCCUGUAGCUACGGUGUAAAUGUUUUUGAUAGAUUUUAGUUCUCAUAUUGCGGUUUUAACAACACUGCAGUUCAGUACAUUGCUUGGGUUGCAGGUAUUUUGCCUCAUUUCUUCUUGUCUGCAUUGGUAAGAGAAAUGAGCCCCCAGUUCAGCACUGUUUUCCCCUGUCCUUAAACUUCUAAAAAGUUGUUUUCUUUUCUAUGGUUCUUCUAUGGUUUUGUUCAAAUGAGCACCACUGAAUCAGAAUUAUCACCUGGCUUUGAAUACAGAAUAAGUGGUGUCUGCCAUCUGUACAGUACAUUAAGGGAGUGAGAAGUCAGGUUGUUACUUUUUAGGGGGCCACCAGCACUUACCACCAUUGUUCACACAUCUGAAAUCACCCCACGCUGUAAGUAUAAAAUUCAGUUCUGUUGUCAAUGUCUGUUCAUCAUUUUUUUUUCAGAAGAGAACUGAGCUUAUGCAGCACACUGUUUUAUGGUUGCAAUAAGCAGCCCAAGAAACAAUGUCUCUCACUUACUCAUUCACACUCACCUGUUAGCAUCUCGCCUGAGGUAAUGGCAGUACCUUGGUUUUACCACAAGAGGGCAAA